AUGCUUUCCUUCGCCUCUCCUCUCCUUGUUACACUCGUUUUGCUGCUCGUACAAAAACCGGUACAAGUAUCAGCCGCAACGCCAAUAGCCUUCAUCAACCCACCUCCCUUCAGGCAGGAGGACAACAGCAAGAAUGUCGUGUAUAAAAUUGGGUCGACCAUGAGGUUGCAGUGGACUGAGGAUACGGAGGUUAGGUCGAGCUUGGUGCUCUAUCAAAUACCUGGGGAUGGGGCGUUUGAGUAUGUUGCUCCAAACCACGUCCAGAUAACCGACUAUGAUUGGAUCGUCAACACCGCCAAAAACCUUUCUUCCAGCAACGUCUUCCAACUCGCCAUCUUCUUCAACGGCUCCACGACUCCAAACGCAAUGAGCUCUUACUUCAACAUCACCGCCGCGUCUUCCUCAUCUUCACUGAAUCUCUCCGCUGGAAGUCUGCCAGUGACUACUUCUGCCUCAGUCCUUGAUUCCACAGCUGCUGUAACGACCGCCGGUACUGGUGCUGGUACCGCGCAAGCAACGGCAUCAGUGAGCACACCAACACCGCCAGCCAGCACGGACGCAGCAGGUAUCGGCCUGGAAAGUAAAGAAGACGGCAAAAAGGGACUGUCGACAUCCGCAGCAAUCGGCAUAGGCAUAGGCGUUUCCGCCGCCGUCUUCCUCCUCAUCGCCGGCGCUUUCGCAUACUGGAUUCUCAAGGUCCGACCAAGACGGAACUUCAACAAUGGACCACUGGCGGAACUUCCGCAGCCGCAGACACCGCACAAUCACAUGGCCAUGAGUUUUGGUGGUUCUACCACGAUGGUUAUGACGCCCGAUAACGCUUACGCAGCAGGGAAUGGGAAUGGGAACAACAACACUUGGAACGGAAACGCAGCGAAUACUGCGGGAAGCAUGUAUCAGACGAAAGAUAUCUUUGGGGGAGAACUACAGGGGAAUGGACCGGGGAGAGGCGGGGGACGUCAGUUUAUGAAAUUGGUUCAUCGACGGGGAGCGCUUUUGCUUGGGAUAGGGCGAGGAGGAGUAGGGGUUGAGAGCUUGAGAGGGGAAUGGAUGUGA